AUGCCACCCCUCUUCUUCUUCGGUGCGUUGGCCGGAAUCCUAGGCACCAUCUGUCCUCUCCAGCUGGAGAUAUACAACAUCAGCCAGCGUCAUCUCACCUUGUACCAGUUCUUGGGCAUAAAGCCGAACGCAACGGAGGAGGAGCUCCUCAUGACCUACCAGGCAUACGCCCAAAAGCUCGACGCUGAGAUCGGUACGUGCCUGGAUAAGCUGGUGGACGACGACGGCCAACGCAAGGGCGACCAAGUGCCCAAGGCGUGCAUCAGUGAUGCCUACGCCAAGGCCGAGAAGAAGUCACAGCUGGUUGCCGACACGACUAUCUUUCUUCUCGAUGAAAAUAACAAGAGCCAGUACAACAUUUACUUUAUGCCCUUGGUGUACCAGAUACACAUAGCUGAGGACAGUAUUGAUGAGAAAUCGGACCUGGGCAAGUGGAUGAAGGCAGCCGCGAACGUGGGAAAGCUGCAAGGCAGUGUCGAUGAUGUUUUCAAGAAGGUGUGCAAGGGGUUCAUGGACGAGUGA